CUCGGGGCCAUGGAGUCUCAGGUGGCGGGGGGCCCGGCUGGCCCGGCCCUGCCCAACGGGCCACUCCUUGGUACAAACGGAGCCAGUGAUGACAGCAAGACCAACCUCAUCGUCAACUACCUGCCCCAGAACAUGACCCAGGAUGAGUUCAAGAGUCUCUUCGGCAGCAUUGGUGACAUUGAGUCCUGCAAGUUGGUUCGGGACAAGAUCACAGGGCAGAGCCUCGGCUACGGGUUUGUGAACUACUCUGACCCCAACGAUGCAGACAAAGCCAUCAACACCCUCAACGGCCUCAAACUGCAGACGAAGACCAUCAAGGUGUCCUAUGCCAGACCCAGCUCCGCCUCCAUCCGGGAUGCGAACCUGUACGUCAGCGGGCUCCCCAAGACCAUGAGCCAGAAAGAGAUGGAGCAGCUCUUCUCCCAGUACGGCCGCAUCAUCACUUCUCGCAUCCUGGUGGACCAGGUCACAGGUGUCUCUCGGGGUGUGGGAUUCAUCCGCUUUGACAAGAGGAUCGAGGCCGAGGAGGCUAUCAAAGGACUGAACGGGCAGAAGCCGCUGGGUGCGGCCGAGCCCAUCACGGUCAAGUUUGCCAACAACCCGAGUCAGAAGACCGGGCAGGCCCUGCUCACUCACCUCUACCAGUCCUCCGCCAGGCGCUACGCAGGCCCCCUGCACCAUCAGACACAGCGCUUCCGGCUGGACAAUUUGCUCAACAUGGCCUACGGAGUCAAGAGUCCCCUGUCGCUCAUCGCCAGGUUCUCACCCAUCGCCAUCGACGGCAUGAGUGGUCUCGCGGGCGUGGGCCUGUCAGGGGGUGCGGCGGGCGCUGGCUGGUGCAUCUUCGUGUACAACCUGUCUCCGGAGGCAGAUGAGAGUGUGCUGUGGCAGCUGUUCGGGCCCUUCGGGGCAGUCACCAAUGUCAAGGUCAUCCGCGACUUUACCACCAACAAGUGCAAGGGCUUCGGCUUCGUCACCAUGACCAACUAUGACGAGGCGGCCAUGGCCAUCGCCAGCCUCAACGGCUACCGCCUGGGCGAGCGCGUGCUGCAGGUGUCCUUCAAGACCAGCAAACAGCACAAGGCCUGAGCCACCGCCGCCCUCCCCACCCUUCCCGGGCAGCAGAGACAGAGAGAGAGAGCGAGAGAGAGAGAGAGAGAGAGAGAUUGAGAGAGAGAGAGAUUGAGAGAGAGAGACAGGGGCCCGAGAGAGACAGCGCAGGCAGACCACGGACGGCACGAGGGCCCCGUGUCCCUGCAGAAGCCACAGGGUGAGCACUCGGUGGGAGGGUCUGCAGGGAAUGGGAGGGCUCCUGGGGGUCCCCCACCCCGUCCUCCUGCCCCUCCCCCCCAGGCUGGGCUGUUCACUCUCUCGUCUUGGUUUUGUUCAUGGUGAAGGUUUUUGUUUCCUUUUUCGGCUAAAGCGAAAGCAGAGAUGUGCCCCCAGCCCACCCUCAACCACCCUCCGUGGAUGGCUUGGAGAAGGGGUGCUGGGGGUGCCCUCCCAGGCCCCCUUGCCCAGGCCUCCCCAACACCUAGGUGAGCCUGAGAGGGGGGAACAGGUUUAA